CCACAGGCUUCCUGCUAAGUUUUACGGGUCUUUCUUCUGAUUCCUUUGAACUUGGCAGAGCCAUUCCAAUGGAGACUCAAGUGGCGAGACGUAGAAUCAACUUGAUCUCAGCUCAUUUUGCUCCCAGUACUGAUGAUGUUUCCCUCACCAACGUCCUCCCCAUGAACUGCAGUAGUAGUUUGAACUCUGUUGUCCGAAGGGGUGAUAAUAGGAUGCAUUUUGCACGGCAAGGAUCUGCUUCUCAGGGUUAUUUCAUGCGGCAGGCUAACAUUGAAGAGAGGAGUCACAACUGCGAUAGCAUUUUAGACUCUGUGGUCCGAAGGUGUGAUAAUAGGAUGCAUUUCGCAAGGCAAGGAUCUGGUUCUCAAGGUUAUUUCAUGAGGCAGGCUACCAUUGAAGAGGUCACUUCAGCACAGUCUGAUAUGCCUCACAAAUCCUCCGGAUAUGAGGGCUCUUAUAAUAUUUUUGAAGCACCAUUAUUUUCUGGACCCAAGAGGAAAGAACCGAAUUUGGCACACACUGGUCAACCCAUGGUGCAAGGUUGCAUAUUGACCAUGCCUGAGACUCCCAAGUUUUCUAGACCAAGUGGAAGAAAGAAGUUGCAUGAUGAGAAGAGAACACACUCUUCUGAAUCUGAGGGAAUUGAGUGGACGCCCAGGAUGAACAUUGCAGAAUCAGGACGCAAUUAUGUUAUGAUGGUAGAAAUUCCAGGCGUCAAUACCAAUGACAUAAGAGUGGAGGUUGAUGACCAAAAGUUAGCUGUAAGGGGUAUACGGUCAAACCAGGACUGGAAGGUGGCAGGUUGUUCAAAUGGCUCAAUCUCCUCAUAUCACAAAAGAGAAAUUUCACAAGGACCAUACCAGGUCGUUUGGCCGCUUCCUGCUGGUGUCAACAAAGACGGUGUCUCAGCUGAGUUUUUGAAUGGAUUUCUAGAGAUUAUUAUUCCUAAGCUAUGAGAUGAUUGUUGGGAAGAAGGAUGCAUUCUACGAGUAUACAAAUACUUGGUUUGUAAGCUAUCCAUGGUCAUUGUCUUGAACAUAUGUUUUGUAUACAUGUAAGCAGUUCAACUCUCAUAGCGUCGUUUAAGUAGUUAAUCGUUGAAAAACAGGAGGGAUUUUGUGUUACGCACUGACAAAAUUCUACUUAUAGAACUUUCAUCUUA